AUGGAGCCUUGUGAAGAUAUUGUUACAGCAAAAAAUUCUAUGAUGGAGGUAAAUUGUUUUAAAAUUCAUAAUAUUAUAAUAUAUGUUGAGCAUAUUAUUAUUAUACUGUAGUCGUCAGUUUUGAAAAAAUUUAAUUUAUUAAAGAUAUAUCAAUUUUACAUUUUCAAAUUAACUUUUGCAUUUUGGUUAAUGAAGAGUAAGAAAGAAAUGUAAUAAUUCUGCAGUUAUCCCUAUUGGCCUAAUUUUUGUAAUUUAUUAUUUUAUUAUCUAAUAUUACCCUUUACUUAUUUAAUAUUUUAGACAGAUUUCAAUUCUGUGGAGAAAAAUAAAGAAGAAAGGAUGCAGAUCAAAUCUGAAGAACCAGUAAAAGUAGACAUAAUAUGGGGAAUUGUUUUAUUUUUUGUUAUUAGCCAUCUGUGUGCUAUUUAUGGACUAUACUUGGUAUUUGCAUCAGCUAAAUUGCAAACUACAUUAUUUGGUAAGUUUAUACAUUUUUAUUUUUAAUCCAACUACAAAAUGAAUUAAAAUAAUUUUUUUUGAAUACUUUUAUUUAACACCAAGGUGUUAGACAGUAGGCCAAUAAUUCUGCUAUAACAGUAAUGUUGUAAUUUGCCCUCAGGGUCCAAUAAAUAUUGUAAAUAGAGGAGUAAUAUAAAAACCGUCCAAAAUUUGUCAUUACUGCUGUAGUAGUGAUAUUUUCAAUAGUAUCUUACGAAAGAGGAUAUUGUUCUGAUCCAAUACAUUUCAACAGAUCGAUGAGUACUUUUUUUUUAAACUUGUUUUCACACAUAUUUUUCAGUUAUUAUGUUUGGUCUUAGCAGCAUUGAAAUAGAUACUUUUUGGACAGUUUAAAAAAAAUAAAAUGUAGUGUUCAAUGUAUUAAUAAUUUCAAAAAGUUACUAUUACAUAAUUAUUAACUUAUUAUAUAGUAGUAAUUUUAUUUACACUUAUACAAAGUGGAUACCCACGGGCAAGAAUUAAAAAUAAUGAGUAGAAAUAUCAUGUACCUAUAUUAUAUAUAUUUUAUACUUCUUAUUCUGAUAGUUAAAUUACAUUUUUAAAAAAAAAUACUAUCUACUAUGAGAUUCAAUUAAAAUUAAUUAUUGUGAUUAAGUAAAUUAAUAAAUUAAGGUAAAGCUCCAAAAAGUUUGUUCAUAUUAUUCAAAUUAUUGUUAUUAUUUUAUUCCAUUUGCGAGUGAAAUUAUUAUUUUUUUAUUUAUGAAUACAAUUUCUGUUUUAAUGGAUAUUUACAAUUUAUUUCAUAUAAUUUAGUUCUGAAUAUUGUAUAAAUGAUUAAGAAUAUUUGAUUCCUGUAUAUUAUUUUGAUGAUUAAGUUAUUUAUUUAGAUUGACUGAAUUAUUUCUUUAUAAAUAUUAUGACCAAAUUUAUUUAGAAUAAAACAAUAUUGUGUUGUUAAAUAAUAUUAUUUGUUUUUCAGGAAUAUAUGUAUGGAUAUUAUCAGGUAUAGGUGUUACGGCUGGUCUUCACCGUUUAUGGUCACACAAAUCAUACAAAGCAAAAUGGCCUUUACGAUUUAUUUUGAUGUUGAUGAGUACUAUUGCAUUUGAGGUUAAUAAUUUAAAGAAAUUAAAUUGGAAUAAAACAUUUAUAGUAUAGAAGUUUAUUUACAGAAUCAUAUAUAUGAAUGGUGUAUGGAUCACCGAAUUCAUCACAAGUAUACAGAUACAAACUCAGAUCCACAUAAUGCUAAAAGAGGAUUUUUUUUCUCGCACAUAGGUUGGCUUGUAGUUCGCAGACACCCAGAUUAUUAUGAUAAAUGUCAAAAAAUCGAUAUGAGUGAUUUAAAAACCGAUAACAUUGUAAUGUUUCAAAAAAUGUAAGAACUAAUAUUUUUAAAUAAUUUGGUAUCAUUCAAGGCUUAAUGAAUAAUUAUUUAUAGCUAAGACUUGGUUUUUUAGAUUUUAUAUUCCUUUAUUAUUAUUAUUGUGCUUCAUCAUACCCACAAUAUUACCUGUUUAUUUUUGGAAUGAAACAUACUGUAAUGCAUUUUUUGUUUCAACAAUGUUACGUUAUAUUUUCACAUUAAAUAUGACUUGGUUAGUAAACAGUGCUGCUCAUAUCUGGGGUAAUCGACCAUAUGAUGCGUAAGUUUAUAAUACUACAUCAGUUAUAAAUAUUAAAUAUUUAUUAAUUUUUUUUUUAGUUCCAUAAACCCCUCUGAAAAUCUAUCUGUGGCACUUGGGUCUCUAGGCGAAGGAUGGCAUAAUUACCAUCAUGUAUUUCCAUGGGAUUACAAAGCGGCAGAACUUGGCCACUAUCGUGCUAAUUUAACAACUGCUUUCAUAGACUUUUUUGCACUUAUUGGUUGGGCAUACGAUAUGAAAACUGUCUCAAAUGAAAUAAUCUUAAAAAGAGCUGGUAGAACCGGAGAUGGUUCACGUUUCAAUGGAGAUCAAAUCUGGGGAUGGGAUGAUACUGACCUAUCUACUGAAGAUAAACAAUUAACAAGAGUCAUCAAUAAAAAAGAAGAUUAA